GCGGCGGCGGCGGCGGCGGCGGCAGGCGGCGGCGACUCGCAUCAGCGCGCUCCUGGCAGCGCUCGCCAUCCCAGGUGACUUGGACUCGCCAGAUCGGCUGACUCCGGGUCUCCGGCCCCAGCUCCGGCUCGCGCCCCCGGCCCCGGGUCCGGUGCCCACCCGCCUUCCUGCCCUCUCCCGCCUUUCUGCCCCUUCUCCCCCACCCCCGCCCCCAGCUCGCGGGAAGGGAGGUUGCGGCAGCGGCCCGGCGGCACCGGCGACUGUAGCGACAGUGGCGACGGCGGCGACAGUGGCGGCGGUGGCGGCGGCGGCGGCGGCGGCGGCGGCGGCAGAGGCUGCGGCGGCGACCGUGGCAGAGGCGGUGGCGGAGGCCUCCGUGGCGGAGGCGGAAGCAGAGGUGGAGGCUGAGGCCUCAGGAGAGGAGGCAGUGGCGGAGGCCACCCUGGGGGAGGCAGCGACCGCCCUGGCGGGAGAGAAGGCGGAGGCCGCCCUGGCGGCAGCGGCCGCGUCGGUGGCGGAGGCCAGCGCGGCCGAAGCCGCCGCAGAGGCUGCAGCGCGCCCCUUGGGAGACGCGGACGCGGAGGUGGCGGCGGCGGUAGCAGCAGCGGCAGCGGCGGCGGCGGCGGCUGCCGCCGCGGAUGCAGAUGCGGAGACAGGGGGGGGUUCCGGGGCGAACCCAGACUUUCCUAUGGCCUCGCUGUACGUGGGUGACCUGCACCCUGAGGUGACAGAGGCAAUGCUGUACGAGAAGUUCAGCCCGGCCGGGCCCAUCCUCUCCAUUCGCAUUUGCAGGGACAAGAUUACCCGCCGUUCCUUGGGCUACGCGUAUGUCAACUACCAGCAACCAGUGGACGCCAAGCGGGCCCUGGACACCCUGAACUUUGAUGUCAUCAAGGGCAGGCCAGUGCGCAUCAUGUGGUCCCAGCGGGACCCCUCGCUCCGGAAGAGCGGGGUGGGCAACGUCUUCAUCAAGAACCUGGGCAAGACCAUCGACAACAAGGCGCUGUACAACAUCUUCUCGGCGUUUGGCAACAUCCUCUCCUGCAAAGUGGCCUGCGACGAAAAGGGGCCCAAGGGCUACGGGUUCGUGCACUUCCAGAAGCAGGAGUCCGCGGAGCGGGCCAUCGAUGCGAUGAAUGGCAUGUUCCUGAACUACCGCAAAAUUUUCGUUGGGAGAUUCAAGUCGCAUAAAGAACGAGAGGCCGAAAGGGGAGCGUGGGCCAGGCAGUCCACCAGUGCUGACGUCAAGGAUUUCGAGGAAGACACUGAUGAGGAGGCCACCUUGCGAUGAAGACAUCCCAGGAGCGAGCCAGCCAGCAGAGCCAAACCUUGGCUCCCACCCGGUUUACAACCUCCCCUUUGCCCCCCAACCCACCAGCAGUGUAUUGUAUUGGGAGUGCAGGUCUCUCUCUCUCUCUCUGUCUCCUUCCUCGUCCCUCCCCCUUGCUCCUUCUUCCUCCUCUUCUCCUCUCCUCUCCUCUCCUCUCUUUCCUUCCUUCCCUCUCCCCCACACCCCCCAAGGGUGUUGUGAAUAAUCUUGCUAAUCUGUGCCACUUGAUAGGUUGAAGGCUGCCUCUUCUCCUUGUGGUUUGGUUUAAAAAGCACUUUCUCGCUUUGUUUACUGCACAGGUGAUACAGUUUCAUGGUAGAAACAUCAGAAAGGAGAAGGAAAUCGGAUGAGGGAAAACCAAGAAAGAGAGUAAUUGCUCCCCAUGAUCCUACUACCCAGAGACAACCAUUUUUACCUUUUUGGUGUGCUGUUUUUCCAGGCUCUCUCUCUCUUUCUCUCUCUUUCUCUCUCAUUCUCUCUCUCUCCCUCUCUCCC